UCAUGACCCAUGCCACAGGACCUGGUACCCCACGCAUCGAUGUUAGUACCACGAUCCCCAAACCAGCUACUAUACGAAGCAGCCCAGCUUUAUAUAGAAAAAUCUGAUAGAAAUUCGAGUAAACCGGCGCCAACUGUUUUCUUGAGCAAUAAUCUUCAACAAUCAUGGCAAAUUUGCCCUAUUCUCCACGAGAAGAUCGGAAUCAAUUUAUUCCCAAUUUUCUAAAAACAGAGAUGCAGAUAUAGACACACAUAUACUUACGCUACCACCUGUUUUUUGUUUAUUGAUUAAUUCCAUUUUCUGCCGUCGAGGAGAGGCUUGUGGAUUUGCCGGAAAGUAUGGGCACGGCUGCCGAUUUUCAGAAGAAGGUGGUGAAAGGGGCGUUUGGAUAUGUUCUGCAAGACGUGCCUCAUUUCAGCGAUUACAUUUCCGAUCUACCUGUUAUUGUUCACAAGGAUACUCCAAGAGGGGCGCAUUUUAGGCGGGCUGGACCUCGCCAGAAGGUUUAUUUUGCUUCGGAUGAGGUGAAUGCAUGUAUUGUGACUUGUGGUGGUCUAUGUCCUGGACUAAACACGGUGAUAAGGGAAAUCGUAUGUAGCCUUGACUAUGUGUAUGGUGUUAACAAAGUCCUUGGAAUCGAUGGAGGCUACCGGGGUUUCUAUUCAAAGAAUACCAUUACUUUGACCCCAAAGCUUGUGAACGACAUACACAAGCGUGGUGGGACCAUACUGGGAACAUCUCGAGGUGGCCAUGACACCACUAAGAUUGUCGACAGCAUCCAAGAUCGUGGAAUUAACCAGGCAUGUAUUAAGGUUAUAUUAUCACUGCCUCAGGUUUAUAUAAUUGGAGGAGAUGGCACCCAGAAAGGAGCAGCUGUGAUCUAUGAGCUGAAUGCCAGAGCGAUUUUAUUUGUUCUUUUGCAGGAAAUCAGAAAGCGGGGUCUAAAGGUUGCCGUUGCUGGUAUCCCCAAGACAAUUGAUAAUGAUAUCCCGGUUAUUGAUAGGUCCUUUGGUUUUGAUACUGCUGUAGAGGAAGCUCAACGUGCCAUAAAUGCUGCACAUGUUGAAGCUGCGAGUGCAGAAAACGGAAUUGGUGUAGUAAAACUAAUGGGUCGUUACAGUGGCUUUAUUGCAAUGUAUGCCACGCUGGCUAGCCGGGACGUGGACUGCUGUCUUAUUCCAGAAUCACCAUUUUAUCUAGAGGGAAAAGGUGGGCUCUUCGAGUACAUAGAGAAAACGCUCAAAGCAAAUGGGCAUAUGGUUAUUGUUAUUGCUGAAGGAGCAGGACAGGAACUUCUUACCGGAAAAAACGAACAAGAUGCUUCAGGAAACAAGCUGCUUCAAGAUGUCGGGUUGUGGAUUUCUCAGAAAAUAAAGGAACAUUUCGCGAAGCAAAAUAAUAUCCCAAUCACUCUAAAAUACAUAGAUCCAACAUACAUGAUCCGUGCUAUUCCUAGCAAUGCUGCUGACAAUGUGUAUUGCACACUCCUUGCUCAAAGUGCUGUCCAUGGAGCAAUGGCGGGAUACACGGGUUUCACUAGUGGGCUUGUCAAUGGUCAUCAGACUUAUAUCCCCUUCUAUCGUAUUACAGAAAAGCAAAACAUGGUUGUAAUAACAGACAGGAUGUGGGCAAGGCUUCUGUCUUCAACCAAUCAACCGAGCUUUCUGGGACCAAAAGCUGAUGAAGAUGAAAUAAUCAAAGCCAAUGGUGAGAUCUCAAGCAAUACAGAUAAUUCAGACAUCAGCAUCAAUGAAAAUAUAAGCACUUGAAAAGAAAAAGAAAAAAAAAAAAAAACAAA